UUGGCAUUGGCCCCUGAGCUAUUGUUGGCAUUGCCUUGGAUGCAGGAGGACCGGCGCCGUCCUGUUGGGUUCCAGGUGCGGAUAGCAAAUGACAUCACGCUACAGUGAGAAAAGAAAGCCAACCGCCGGCAACUAGCAUCAAUAUACACUUAUUUGUCGAAGAAGGAAUGAGACAAUCUAGGAUAACUGCGUGAUAUCGACGAUGAAUACCGCGGCCGUGGGUCUGGCGGUAACGCCCACAGUUCUGUCCACUCUUUUGUCGCAUUAUCUGAACCGGAAACCACUCGCCCACAAGCCAACAGCGCACUUGUCGUACGACCAGGGGCUGCACCUCAUACGCUCCUUUCUCGUUCAUGCGUCGCACCACACCGUCGAGGAACUGCAGGCUUUUACUAGCCAGUGGGUACCGCAUCCUCAGUGGGUGAGAGUCGACUCUGUUGAGAUUCCGGAGCAAGACCUGUCUCGCGCGGCCGAUCUUGUGGUCGAACAACUUGGUCCGGAUGGCAUCCGCCAGGUCGGCGGCAAGGAGUGGUGGCAAUGGCGCAAGCCAAAGAGCCCGCUCAAGGCCGAGUGGAUCGAGAUGAAGGCCGACUAUCAGGAGCGCAAGAAGAACUCCGAUCCCGGCAACCGUGUCAUGCUCUACGUGCAUGGAGGAGGCUACUACUUUGGCAGCGUCGACGAGCACCGCUACCAGAUCCAGCGCCAUGCACGGAAGCUCAAGGCUAGGGCGUUGGCGCCCAAGUACCGGCUUGCUCCACAGUUUCCGUUCCCAUGCGGCCUGCAGGACUGUCUGGCUACGUAUCUGUACCUCAUCGCCCAUCAGAAACCGAGCACCAUUAUUCUGGCUGGUGACUCUGCCGGCGGUGGGAUGAUCCUCUCGAUGAUGGUCGUACUCAGGGACAGGGGCAUUCCGCUCCCGGCGGGCGCCGUGCUCAUCAGCCCGUGGGUCGACUUGACUCACUCGUUUCCGAGCGUCGCUGGGGAGUCCCCGCUGGAUUACAUUCCGUCGUCCGGCUUCCACCACAAGCCGUCGCGUGCCUGGCCUCCUCCUGAUGAGGAGGAGCUUGAGGAACUCAAAAAAGCAGCGAUUGCGCAGAAGAAGGAGAUCCAAAGUCAGGAUCGCGAGCCUGCCCAGGACAGCGGCAUGCCUACGGCGCAGGAUGUCGCGGAGCACACGCACCGGUUGAAGUUUGUCAUUGACGGCGAGGAGGUUGAGGUCAAGGAGCAAAUACAGAUGUACACGACCAACGAGCUUCUAGCCCACCCUUUGGUCAGCCCGAUUGUGCAGCCAACGCUGGGUGGCCUACCGCCACUGCUCAUCAUGGUCGGAGGCGGCGAGCUGUUGCGUGAUGAGCAAAUCUACCUUGCUCAUAAAUGCGCCAACCCCGCGCAGUACCUCCCUCCUGAGGCGCUUAUGGAUGACAAGGCGAGAGGCCUGGUCGACAGGUAUAAGCCUACCGAUGUCCAGCUGCAAGUCUGGGACGAUUUGUGUCAUGUUGCGCCGACCUUGAGCUUCACCAGACCAGCGAAGUACAUGUACAGGAGUGUUGCACAAUUCUCGGCCUGGGCGCUGGCCGGUGCCCAAAAGACCCACGUCGGUAUACUUGACGACGACGAAAUAUCCGUCAUCUCAAGUUCGAGCAGCUCCUCAAGUUCUAGUUCCCCAAGUGAGAACGAGCUUGAUGCUUCGAAGACCGAGCAGCAGGAAGCCGUCAAGCACCACAGGUCGCACGCAGGAAACUCCGUUGGCCGAGCAGGCGACCCUCUCCCUCCCUUUGAGAACCAUAUGAUUCGCCAGCGGGUUACGCGGCACGGCGAGAUCCUCCCCCUACCCCCUCCGUCCGAACUCCCGGCAUGCUGCAUGCCCCGCGAUCAGGUCGGCGUGGUCAAAGUCGGCACCGUCCGCAAGUGGCUCCAGCACAAGCGGCGCUGGGACGCGCGCUUCAAGCAGGCCAAAGCCCGCGUGCACAAGCAGCGCCUCCGCGACAUGGCCGUGGGCUACGAAGUCUUUGGCGAAGGCGAAGUCCCGCCGCCGAGCGCGCUCGCAGGCCAGAGGAAGCUGGGCGCGAAGCACUUCGAGAAGAAGAAGGCGCGCGGCCUGGGCUUGUCGCUGUGGGCGCUGUGGGGCUCCAAGCAUGACCAAAUGACUGUCCAGAGGGAGCAGCACGCCGCGAAGACGCCAUGUAUGACCACCGCCAGCCCCGGUCAGGGACAGGGGGCGCGCGCGUUCUCGGAUUUGGAAAAGCAGACGAGAGCGGUGCGGGAGGAAGACAGCGUGCCAACGACGAGCGAGACGAGCGAGAGCCGGGCUUGGAAAGGUUUGGCCGGCGAGGAGGAGGCGGCCGAGCGUGCUGAGGCGGUCAAGCCUUCGGAUGAGAACCUCGACCUCCGCCCAGCCGGACCUGUGGCCGAUGGCAGCAAGGAAGCUGCAGACGAGGCUGCGGAUGGGGAAACGAAGGGCUUCCUAUCCCGCAAUAACGCGCACGAGACGGGCGUCACCGGAAAGCGGGUCAUGAUUGGCGGGCUGGCAACGCCCUUCAGCUUGCGCAAGGAACCCGAAACAGCAAGCAUGAUCACACUCGCCACCCCAAUGGACCAAAGUUCUGUCAGGGUAUCGACCGCGGACUCGAGUAGCUUCGUCGCGCCUCCGUCGGUGCAUAUCUCGGACCAUCAGGGGAAGGCAGACUUGGCUGAGCCGGAGAAGGGGCCGAGCCGCGAUCAUGGUGCCGUGACUCCUGGAACGCCGACGCCUCUCUUGUCGCCUACUUCGCCUGGGGCGAAGUCAGAUUUGGAAAGCUUUAUCACCGCGGAAGAGGAGCCCAUUUCGAGAUAAGUUUUCGAAAGCUGGAGACCGGUGUGGUUUUAGCUUGGAUACCCCUUUCUUCACUUUGAUGACAGGCGAAACAGAGCCUUCGAAUUUCAGGAUAGAAUAAUUCAGACGGGCUGCGUCGUUUAGUAAGCCGUUUGUAGUGUUUAUAGCUUCUCAAAAGGCCCCAAUCUGUGCAAGACCUGGUGCGAACUAUUGACCCAGUAUACCUUAAGUACUUAUAUGCUACAUUCCUGUCGCAACGCCGUUCAACGCCAUUUCAUGAUCCAAACAAUGCCAUCUAGCUCC